AUGAGCGAUCUGUCUAAUAAUUUAAACAUGCUGGAAACAGUUGUGAGGAUAUUCAGAGAGUUGUCAUUUAAAAACGAUGAUACGAAAAUAACCCAAAAGACUUUAGAACUUUCAUCGGCUUACAUCCAAUUGUUCGUAAAAGAGGCCAUAGUGAGAGCUAACGAAGAACGAAUUGCCGAAGGAGAUUCACUUCAUAAAGUCGACGGUAUAGAUAACAUAUACGAUGGGAGCAGAAGUAAUAAAACCGAAGAAGAUGUUGAACAAACUGAACAUUUUGAUCCUGAUGAUAUAUCUGAGCAAGACACGCAGACAAGAAUGGCAUAUGAUUCUGAUCUUCCUUUAGAUAAUGAUACCUUGGAUUCUAGACACUUAGCAAAGGUAGCAGGAAUAUUAAUUCUAGAUUUUUAA